AUGGAUACGGAAAUAUCGGAGUUAGCUGAACACAUCGCCAUCACUGGCCACACUAUUGACUGGAAUGCAACGGAAAACAUCAAGAAACGGAAGAUCAGGGAAGCUGUGUACACAUUUCAAAGAAACCUGAUGAGUAGGAGAUUAGAAGAGGGAAUAUUUGGCGAUAAUUCCGUGUACUGCCUAGAGAGACCUGGAGAUUCAGAGAAGACAUCAAAAGAAGACGCUUGGGCCCGAAAGAGGCAUCACAAAGGAGCGGCUCAUGAGAUAUAA